CCACUCUUCAUCCUCAACACUAGCCUUCUUUUCUCUUCUCAGGGAUAGUAUCUGCAUUCUGAGUAGUAGUAGAAGAAGAAGAUGGAUUUCUAUACCCAGCUGUUUCUUUACCUCGCCAUCCUCUACAUCUCUCUUUACCUUCUCUUCCUUGUCUUCCGAAAGAAAUCCUCGCCUAACCUGCCGCCUGGCAAAAAGGGAUGGCCCAUCAUCGGCGAGUCCCUGGCUUUCACCGGGGCGGCAAAGAGCGGCUGCCCCGAGAAGUUCAUAAACGACCGCACGGCUAAGUACUCCCUGGAGGUCUUCCGUACCUCGCUUCUCGGGGAAGACAUGGCCGUGUUCUGUGGUGCCACUGGCAACAAGUUCUUGUUCUCUGGCCAGAACAAGUACAUCACCACCUGGUGGCCCACCUCCAUGAAGAAGGUCACCAUCUUCCCCGAAACCAUGGAGAAGUUCAACAAGGAUGACCCCAAGAAAAUGCGCAGCUUCUUGCCAGAGUUUUUGAAGCCGGAGGCUCUCCAGCAUUACAUACCUAUCAUGGACUCCAUGACUAGGGAUCACUUGGAGAGUGACUGGUCUCCAUAUAAGGAAGUGAAGGUGUUUCCUUUGACAAAGAACUACACCUUUGCUUUGGCGUGUCGCUUGUUCAUGAACAUUAAGGACCCUAAGGUCGUGUCGAAAUUCGCCGACCCAUUUGCUCGUAUUGCUCCGGGAUUUACUUCGGUGCCUAUCAAUGUUCCCGGCACGCCAUUCAACAAAGCAGUUGAAGGAGGAAAAGUUGUAAGGCAAGAGCUUCUCAACAUUAUUAGACAAAGGAAGCAGGAGAUUUCGGAGGGAAAAGAUGCGAACGCGAGGGACUUGUUGUCUCGAUUGCUGACGGAAGCAGAUGAUGACGGUAGUGUCUAUUACGAAAUGGAUGUGUCCAACAAGAUCAUUGGACUGCUCAUUGCAAGUCAUGACACCACCAGUACAUCUAUCACAGUAAUAGUGAACUAUCUAGCUUCGUUGCCCCACAUCUAUGAGAAAGUUUAUAAAGAGCAUAUGGAGAUCGCAAAGUCUAAAGCCCCGGGUGAAUUACUGAACUGGGAUGAUAUCCAGAAGAUGAAGUAUUCUUGGAACGUGGCUUGUGAGUCAAUGAGGCUAACUCCACCUGCACAAGGGUCAUUCAGAGAGGCAAUUACUGACUUUACUUUUGCCGGUUACACAAUUCCAAAGGGCUGGAAGGCAUUUUGGACGGUGUAUACAACUCACAAGAAUCCCAAGUACUUCCCUGAUCCAGAGAAAUUUGACCCCUCAAGGUUCGAAGGAAAUGGACCCGCUCCUUUUACCUAUGUUCCCUUCGGAGGUGGACCUCGCAUGUGCCCUGGAAAAGAGUAUGCUCGGCUUGAAAUACUUGUUUUCAUGCACAAUUUGGUGACUAAAUUCAAGCUCGAGAAGGUCAUCCCGGAUGAAAAGAUCAUAUACAAUCCCUCGCCGGUCCCUGCCAAUGGUCUUCUUAUUCGCCUCCGAGCCCAUAACUAAUAGCCUGGCUUACUUGUACAAUCUUCAUACUAUGGAAGAACUUGUAUACGUAUAGUCAUAUGUGCACUACAAGUACACCACCGUUAUUCUAGCUUAAUAAAUGUUCGGUCGAUCUAAUAAAAGUUGAUGAAAGUGAUGUACAAUGUAGAGAUGUAUUCCUCAAUUAUAUGAAAUCAGUUGAAACUUUAUUUAGUAA